UUUCUAGAACAGGACAUGCAGGAACAUUCAAUUUUUUGAAAUCAGCAUCAUGAGUGGGUUAUUGAAGUGUUACAACAAAGGUUGUGGGUCAGAUUUUGAUCCCAAAGAAAACACAGAUGACUCCUGCCAAUAUCAUCCUGGAGUUCCUGAAUUCCAUGAUGCUUACAAAAGCUGGACAUGCUGUAAAAAGCGAUCUACAGAUUUCACAGAGUUCCUGAACUUCCCUGGGUGUACUCGAGGUUCUCAUAAUAACGUCAAACCACCAGAACCACAGAAGCAAAAGCCAGAUCCUGCCUUGGCAGAUGAGGUUAUCACAGUUGAGUCACGAAAGCCCAAAAAGCCGGAGCCCCGUCCACCACAAGAUGAGCCGAUGAUCAAACUGGAGCCUAAUGUAUCCAAAUCAGCUAUUCAGGCAUUAGAGAAGAAGCUAAAACAAAUAGGACUUGUUGAUAAAAGUGAAGGAGAUUCAUUAGUUGUCACUGUGGGAACAACUUGUAAAAAUGGAGGCUGCAAAGCGACAUAUGAAAAUGAAAAGAGCGAUACUGAAGUGUGUGUCCACCAUCCUGGCUCACCAAUAUUUCAUGAAGGGCUAAAAUACUGGUCUUGUUGUACAAAAAGGACAACAGACUUUGAAGAAUGGCAGAAGCAGGUUGGCUGUAAAAAAGGCAAACAUGUUUGGAUCAAAAGGAUCGAUGAAUCUACGAAGAAAGUCCAAAGCUGCCGCUUCGACUUUUACCAGACCGGUACCGAGGUGUGCAUAUCAUUUUACGCCAAGACGCCAGUCGCGGAAAAAUGCAGCGUCGAGCUUAAUCGAGUCUCCCUGAAAGUUUAUUUGACAUUUGACGCAGGCACGACUAUAUUUGAGAAAAUAUUCAUACUCAGCGGGGUCAUCGAUCCAGCAAGAAGUAAGUUAAGCCUAAUGGGGACCAAAGUCGAGAUAAGCUUACGGAAGUUGGGACCAGAAAAAUGGCCGAGUCUAGAACUGUCAGCAUAGGAUAUUACACUUCGUUUCUCAAAUAACUUAUGAUGUUACAGACUAUCACCCUUCCUACCCCUCGUGUAUUUACCAUUAUGUACCAGAAUUUCUGGAAAAUGUGUCAUUCUGGAGUUGAAUACAACAUAAAUAUAAUGUUUCUGGCUUACAGUAUUAGUUUCAAGUGACAAAGUGAUAACAAUAUUGUUCUGCAUUGCCUUUCUUUACUUAUUAAGUGUGCACAACCUUCUGUUCUGAAUGACUGCCGUUCAUAAGUCGCGACCAAUACUAGACAUCGUACCAUUAUCCUCAAUUGAAAAAACAUGAAAAGACAUAAAUUUCGGCCAAUUCCUCUUGGUUACCAAUAGUUGGUAGGAUUCUGCAUGGUGUUUUUGUGUGCCCCUUCACAGUGCUUGUAACCCUAAUCAUUAGUGUCAUCCAUCUAAUAAAUA